AUGAAAGCAUCCAGCACGGCUUCGCCGGCACUUCCAGUCGGUUUCUCAUUGGAGUUACCUCGAGAAGGACGGCGACUCAAUCAUGGCCAAGCAAGUCGACCUGCAACUCACUACGGAAUUGACGAAAUAGUCGAAUCUUGCUCGGAGGAUGUUCCCUCGCAACCUCUUAGUCCAAUCCACCCCGAUUCUACCGGAUCCAUGAUCAAGAACGAGAUACGGUCCGCAAAAUCGGGCCUUCCCCGGCGCUUCAGUGGCGUACCUGACCCCAAGUCUCCUCCCGUUGUUGUUGACAGCGGGAUCGUUCACGAACUAAUUCACGUCAACUGCACCCCAGUGCCCGGCGUCUCGCCUUCUGGGAAUCGAUUGAUCGCCACGAUUUUCUAUAGGGGACACAGAUCCGAACGCAUCAUCCAUCGUCGCCAAGUAACUCCGUCACCGGGCAACACCUCCAGGAAUGGUUUUACUCCGGCAGCUGUGAAAUGCGACUCUUUGAAGGAAUCUAAUUCCAUUGCUGCUGACGAAUUACCAAUGAAUCUAGCGCCUACCACCCAGUCUUCUUCGUUUCCGUUAGAACUCCCAGCUGCUGAAUCCGAACCACCUCGUGAUGGCAUCUAUGGUGCUUACGUCAGCCCAAUUUGCAUCGCCGCGUUUUUACACCUGAUGUCAACGUUUCCACGCCGCCAUGUUGUCGAUAAUGAAGGUCAUAACAUGGCACGGGAUAUACACGCCGCAGGCUCUUCUCCAAACCGGCCAUUUACCGGAGGGUUUGGAUCUGAAUUGGAGGCUAGUUAUCGCUAUCUCGAUAGGGCCGUACAGCCACUUGUCGUUGAGGUGGUUUUAGGUCCGGCUCCGUCUCUGCCUCUGUCUGACCUACGCAAGCACGAGCAGCUUUACCGGUUUGAGAGUGAGUGGGGUGUCGAGAUAGCAUUGCAGGAUGAUACACCCUGGCGCCGUCAUCCUCGGCUGGUUGUUUUCGACAUGGAUAGCACAUUGAUCACCCAGGAGGUGAUCGACAUGCUUGCCGAGACCAUGCCACCAGAUGUUGCUGCAAAGGUGGCAGAUAUCACGGACCGUGCCAUGCAGGGCGAGCUUCACUUUGAUGAUGCAUUUCGCGAGCGGGUGCGUCUUCUGGCAGGCCUCCCAGCAACGCUAUUCACUGAUUUGCGAUCUCGUCUCGACGUGACCAAGGGUGUGACUGCGCUUCUCGUAGCGCUUCGCAGGUUGGGGGUUAAAACUGCGGUCCUCAGCGGCGGUUUUCAACAGUUGACUGGGUGGCUAGCGGGUGAACUCGGUAUUGAUCAUGCACACGCAAACAACGUUGUCAUAGGUCAAAACGGUUUACUUACGGGCGAGGUCACGGGUGCUAUUGUAGGACGCGAGCGAAAGUGCGAACUUUUAAAACAAAUUGCAAGGAGUGAGGGCGUUGACCUUCGACAGGUUAUUGCAGUUGGCGACGGAGCAAACGAUCUGUUGAUGCUUGGGACGGCAGGCCUGGGCGUCGCAUGGCACGCAAAGCCAGUCGUCCAGCUGGAGGCUGAUGUCCGUUUAAACCAGCCCUCCAUGCUCGAUCUGCUAUACCUUGUUGGGUUUACAAGCAUGGAAAUAAACGACCUUUCCAGAUAA